AAACAUUUCUGUCUCCACAGAUUUCGACUGUUAUAACUUCACAAAUGUGUCAAAGCUGAACGCUACAAGUGCGAAUCUUUCUCCCUUACUGGAGACAGUUUACAAUGGAGGACUCCAUUGAGGUGAUUCUGCAAGACUAUGGCAAGGUCCGUCCUACCAACAAGCCCCAUCCCGUCCUGUCAGCCUGCUUAGGCACUCUGCUCACAGGCCUGUAUGGACUAUGGAGCCUGUUUGCUCUGCCGGGAUUUCGCAAAAUCCCAUUCAACCUCAAGGUUCCUUACUUGCCCUCUAGCAAAGUUCAGACACUGAACAUUAUGCAGCUGCUUGAGGGAAGAUCGGGUCGCUUAGCAGAUCUGGGAUCAGGAGAUGGGAGACUGGUGUUUGCAGCCUCUUCUGCUGGCUUCCAGUGCACAGGGUUUGAGAUUAACUCCAUUUUGGUGGCCUAUGCCCGGAGCAAGGCCCGCUGGAAUGGAGUGCCCUCCAGCCAGGCAACCUUUGUUAAAAAAGAUUUCUGGAAGACUGAUUUAUCUACCUACAACAAUGUGACAGCUUUCCUUGCUCCAGGAGUGAUGGCAGCCUUGGGCGAGAAACUAUUGAAAGAGCUUCCUGAGGAUGCAUGUGUCAUCACUAGUCGUUUUCCUUUCCCCAACUGGCCACAACAAUCAUGUGUCGGCUCCGGUCUCGAUCAGACUUUUGGAUAUGACAUCAGCACAGUCUCAGACUGUGACUUAGCACAAAACAAAAUAGUUUUCUUGCUCUGUCACUCAGCACUAAACCCUCCAGACAACUCUCUGUUUUCUUUGACCAGAAGUGAACAGAAAUGUGAUAUUUAAAGGAGUGCUGGACAAAGAAAACACAUUUUGAGCAGGUUAUAAAAAACACUAAGAGAAAUAAAUUUGUGAUACUUGUCAGUUAUGAUCACUGAUCAGGAAGGAUCCUUCUGAAAGAUGUCUUUGAACAUUGCCAGGAUGAGAGGGACUGUGACUAAGCAACAUGUCAGGGUUAUUUUGACAUCAUGUAUUCCCUGCAGUAUUUGUUCCAUCUUUGCACAGCCAGAACAGGCUGAGCUUUUGCCAUCUUGCAGGCAAUCUUGAUAUAAAUACCACUGUGCAUGUCUAUCUGGAAUAUGGCCAUAGAUCUUUUUCUAAGAACUCCUUCACUACGAAUAAUUUUACAUUCACAUCAACACAAUAAACCUACUUAGUAGCUUGCAA